AUGGAUUGCUUAGAUACUUUGAUCGAACUACUUGACUCUAAUGACCCUAUAGACAACAUCCCGACCACACACCUUGCACCUAAGAGCCGAUUUACCCCCCAUUUGAAAGACUACAAAAAUAUUGAAGUCUUUUUGGAGAUGGUCUGUAGAGAUAUUGAAAAGGCAGACUUGGGAGAUCAGAACAUUAAAAUCUGUGGUAAUCUUACUAGAAUGGAAAAAUUGGCAUUAAAACAACUUAACGAGAAUGAUGAUCUGGUAAUUAAACCAUCCGACAAGGGUGGGAAUAUAGUGCUUAUGGAUCGGUCUAACUACAUCCAAAUGGCACAGCGCCUACUGGACGAUAGGGAAACCUAUCAGAUUCUCAGUCACGAUCCCACCCCACAAUAUUCUGCUGAAAUUAAAACUUUGCUGAACCAAGCUUUAAUAGACAAACUCAUUACUAAAAAUGAGUUUGAUUUUAUGCUGGUUAAACAACCAGUACUUUCAACAUUUUAUAGUCUACCUAAAGUGCAUAAAUCUCUUGAUAAUCCUUCAGGUAGACCAAUUGUGUCGGGAUGUGGCAACUUGACUCAGAAUUUGAGUAUAUACUUAGACAAAAUCUUGUCCCCUAUUGUGUCAAAAUUACCCUCUCAUAUAAGGGACACUAAGCAGAUGUUAAACUUUUUGAAGGACUUAUCCAUACCAGAGCAAGCUUUGCUAUGGAGCCUGGAUGUGGAAUCUUUGUAUAGCUCUAUACCACAAAUGAAGGGUAUUGAUAACGUCAAAACCAUCUUAGAACAAGAGCUUCAGUCCCCAUAUCUCUACAUUGAUUUCGUCUCAGAUGUACUCAGAACGGUACUGACUAAAAACAUUUUCCUAUUUAAUGGUAACAUUUACCAACAAAUAAAAGGGACAGCUAUGGGGACUCCUUGUGCCCCUUCUUAUGCGAACCUUUAUUUAGGAAUUUGGGAGAAUAAAAUCCUAAAGGCACCACACUUACGGAAAUACUCAGAGUCAAUAGCAUGCUGGAAAAGGUACAUCGAUGACGUACUAAUUGUAUGGACGGGGUCUAUUAAGGAUUUUGAGGAAUUUGUCAAAAUCCUGAACAAAAAUGAUUUUGAUUUGAGAUUUACUAGUGAGCUAGGUGGUAACCAAAUUAACUUCCUAGACAUUACCAUCACAAUAAAGGAAGGGGGACUGGUACAAACAACCCUGUUCAAGAAACAUACGGCUACGAAUAGUCUCUUGAACUGGACUAGUUAUCACCCACAACCACUCAAGGCUGGCAUUCCAAUCGGCCAGUACCUCCGACUAAGACGCAAUUGCUGGUCCACACAGGACUUUAAGACCAAAGCCUGGGAAUUAAGGAAAGCCUUCAAGGAUAAGGGAUAUCCGAAUAGGGUCCUACGGAGGGCAUACGCUAGAGCCAUCAAAACCGACCGAGACACACUUCUCAUUGAUGAGAAUGCACAAUCAGAAGAUAAAAAACUGAUUAGAUGCAUUGCCACAUAUGAUGCGGGGUGGGACUAUAUGAUGGACACACUUAGGCGUUACUGGCCGAUCCUUAAGUCCGACCCACAUUUGAAACAUGUAAUUACUUCUUUCCCCUCAGUUACGGCAAGGAGGGGGAGUAAUUUUCGAGAUACCCUGGUACAGAGUCACUUGGCACCCCGGAAAAAGGGCCUUAAUAAUUACCUACCGAAGGGUUCAUACAAAUGUGGACAUUGCAGCGCAUGUGAAUUUAUGGAAAGGAACUCCAAAGAAUUCACUGAUAGUAAUAAUACAGAUGCCUUCCCUGUUCGAUCAUUUUUUAAUUGCAGAACAGAGGGU